AUGAAACUCAUAGAAGCAGAGAGUACAAUGAUGGUCACCAAGGGCUGUAGGAAGAAGAUCAGUUCACCUAUCAAUCAGAUCUCCCUCAUCACAUUCUUUGUCAAGGGUAAAAUUCUGGUUCUCCCACGUACCUACACCCUAGACAGAAAACGCAUAGAAGCAACUCGUGAUUGCCGCGUAGACCAUGACAUCCUACUAGGACAGUGUAGGCGGCGGGAAGAGAGGUGGCAAGCAGCCCCAACGCUCGCCGAGAUCCCCAGUGUUUUACAAACGGAUCGUCCUGAAGUCUCCAAAACUCCAAGACCCUCCAGGAGUCCGAGAGUCACAGAGCGCUCUGCGCCCCUGCCACCUGCCCAGCCUCCCGCUGGGGUCCGGCAGUCCCCACUGGAGACCCCGACAUCGCGGGGCUCCGCGGCCCCCGUGCCGACCCAGGGCCGCCAGGGGGCGGGCGGGAGCAGCUCUCCGGGUGCCUCCCCCGCCGGUUCCCCUCCCCCGGCCCGCCGGCCACUCACGGAUUUUCACUCGGCGGUGGUCCAGGCGCGCAGCGGCGGCUUGCAGGGCGUCGAGGCGGCGGUGCAGCGCGGCGGUGCGGUGGCCCAGCGCGGCCGCCUGGCCCUCGAGCUCGCCGAAGAUGUCCCCGGCGCAGCGCGACAGGUCGGCCAGCUGCGCCAGCAGGCAGCCCAGGGCAUGCGAGCUGACCUGCUCCAGCGAGCGGAAGAGCGGCGCGCCCGCAGCCCCGGCCCCCGCCGCCUCGGGCCGGCGCAGCCGCGCGGGCUCCAGGGUCCUCUGGUGGAAGGGCAUGGCGGGGGCGGGCCGGCGGCGCAGGAUCCCUCAGUCCGCCCCCCGUCGGCGCGGGGCGCCAGCCUGCAUCCAACACAAAGGAAGUCCCGGGCAGCGGCGGGGCGCCGAGGGAAGCCUGGCGGCCCCUGCCCGCAGGGGAGAGGCCGGGCGGGCAGGAAGGACGGACGGACGGGCGCGCGGGCGAGCGGGCACCCGGGCGGCGCGGGGCAGGACUGGGGUCCGAGCCGCGGCUGCCUGGCGCCCAGCGUUCCUCCACCCGCAGGGCUUCGCGGGCCGCGCGGCGAGAGGAAGUUCCAGGGGCAGCUCUGGGCGGCGGCGGCCGCGGCGGCGAGGGGAGCCGCGAGUCCCGCCGAAGUUUGCAGGCGGGCAGGAAAGCGCCGGCUGCUCCUUCCCUCCCUCCGGAUUGGAGAGGGAGGAGGAAGCGAGGGAAGUGCCGCCGACACCGGGCGAGAGGGAGGGGAGGCGAAAGAAAGGAAAGGGGGAGGAGAAAAGGGCCGGCCCGGGAACCACCUGCGGCUCCCGCGGCCGCCGCGCCCAGCGCCCGCAGCCAGUGGCGGCCCCGGCGCCUCAGCGCACCCUACCGGGGCGGGCGCGGGCUCACAGUCCCGGGACGCCCACGUCGCCGCCCCAACUCCCCUUGGCAGUCCCCGGGCGGUGGGGCAGAGCCCUCGCCCGCCCCCCGGGCCGGGGUGGAGCGCAGUGCGGGCGCCGGGAAGGCGGAGGCACCAGGACGGCCGCGGCCAGCUCCGCUCGCUCUGCUCACCUGCGCCCCUGCCCACGGCGCUCCGCAGUCAGGAGCGCCCCGCCCCGCGGGGAACGCCCCGGGCCCCUCGGGGUCCCCCGGUCUCUCCUACUUCCCUUCUGGAAGGUGGCCAACACUUCUGGGCCGCCCGGGUGGACCUCAAAGAGAACGUCUUUAAAUGUCCAGUGGCCAAGGGUUCUGUAGCCGACUAGGAGUCAGCGUCCGAAUCGGAACAACUCAAGACCUCUUUUCAGGGGGCGUCCAGUGUUUUUUUCAGCAAGGUGACUCCCCCUGUGGCUGCCUGCUACUACAGCUGGAAAGGUCCAAGCUGAAAUGUGACUAAUCUGAGUUUCUUCCACCAAGCAUGUUAGUUAGGGGUGGAGGACUAGAACCUAGAACCCUGAAUUCGAGCCUGGAAGAUAUAUAAGCCACAUGCUAUUGAGAUCGUGGUCAUGGGACACCCGCUAACACAAACCUUCUGGUAGGAAGUAUUUGAGAAGACUGGGUCCAAUAUCCCCAAGCUAAAAUCCCACUGGCCUAUCGCUGUGUUUGCUCAGAAAAGGAAUCUGGGUUCUUUGGUUUCUGCUUUCCAGUUGACCCUGGUUGCUCCUCUGUUUUACAGCAUUUUGGGAGUCAGUCUCCCAGAGCAGCGCUGAUUGUAAUGAGAAGCGCGUUCCCUCUCUGGGGGACAGGAGCAGUGGGAGACAAAUGGGCCUGGGAAAGAGCUCCUCCAAAUAAAACUUAUUAGACAGAUACGGGUUAUGGUGUUGGUGGUGGUGGUGGUGGUGUUUUGGUCUUUAUCCUGUUGUACAGCGCCUCAUUUUUUACAAUGUGGGCCAGUAACUAUUUCGUAUCACCUACUCUGACCACCUUCAGGGUUGUUAUGAGGCUCAAAGGAACUGCUGCUGUGAAAAAACAUGCUUUGCAAUUUAUGAAGCACUGGAUAAACAUCAGGAACGGUAUAAAAGCAUGCUGCUUACUCAAGAAAUACUAGUUGAGUGCCUGUGUGUUGGGCACUGGCUAGAGAUAAGGGUCUCCUAUGGACAGAAGUGCGGGCAAGGAGCUUUGUUCCUCCCCGAUGUCACCCUCCCACAGCCCACAUGCUAGCAGGCGAGAGAGGGGUGGAGGCCGGCAGUAAGGCAUGUACUGAACUGGACCUCUGGUGGAAUGGCAUCACCCACGCUGGGCUUGACUCUUACCAUCAGGGUCCUGCCAACCCUUCAGUGAGACUUUUUCCAAAGAAUCCCUUUUAAAAUGACCUCAAGCUGACCUUCCUGCUGCAGAUUCCACAUAUGGUAUCUGAGACUCACACAGUGUGGUUGGAAGAUAGCACAGUGACCUCCCAGGCACAGCCCUCUGCCAGCCCUCCACUGGCUGCCCUAGGAUGCUGGCCUUCCUCCGAUGGGAGUUGGGCCCAGUCUGCUGUCAGCCAGGAGAAGCCAGCAAGCUCCCUGCGAGGCCUGGAGGAGCCCUUCUCACUCAGCUUGGUGUUCGAUGCCAGUGCCCCCGCCCAUUGUGGGGUGAGAGUGGGACUCUCAGCACAGCCCUGUCAAAUAAAUCCUCUAAAGCCCUCUUC